AUGUCUUCCCUCGAUGCAUACAUCAUCAGCUACAACUGCGGGAGAGAAUUGAUCAAGCCAGCGAUCUUCGCCCCACACAUAUUACAAGCGGCUACAGGACGGCCAGAUCUCAUCGUCUUCUGUCUACAGGAAGUCGCCCCAAUCUCAUAUGCAUUCCUUGGAGGUUCUUUCUUAUCGCCUUACUUGGAUGCUUUUGGGACAGCUCUGCAACUCGUUGAUGAUGACUACGUCAACGUUGUCACUCACAACAUUGGCCUCACGGCCAUCAUGGUGUUUGCCAAGGAAAGCAUAUCCUCGCACAUCGAGUCCUUAGAGCUCGCUGCCACGGGGGUAGGAUUCCAGGAGACUGGUCACAAGGGGGCGGCGGGUGUUCGCAUGAGCUACGAGGACGUCACUUUGACUUUUGUUUCGGCACAUUUGGCUGCAGGCGAAGAGGCCUUGGAACGGCGGAACCAAGACUACCAAGCCAUUGUUGAGCGACUUGUGUUCGAUGCUGCUUCGAAGGAUUCGCAGAGCAGUCAACAAGGGGAGCGUGCGCAUUUAGUGCCCCGGGAGAAGGGCAUGUAUGCCUCGUCGCACAUUAUCUUCGCUGGCGACCUGAACUACCGCACUUCGAGUCAGCCUCCCACAGAAGAAGACGCGCGACAAUUCCCGCAGCCAACGAGAGACCCAGAAGACCCACAGCAUUGGUCUCACCUCUUUCAGCAUGACCAAUUGACGGAGCAGGUCAGGUCGAAAAAGACCCUGCAACAUCUUAGUGAGUCCACUGUGGACUUCCCGCCGACCUACAAGUACAAGUCGAGUGACGAUGUCCUCUUGGACGGAGAGAAGCCGUGGCCCUGGGCAAGCCACCGUUGGCCGAGCUGGUGUGAUCGAAUCUUCUACUCGGCCGGAGUUGAUCCACAAGCAUACGAAGCGUUACCGCUGUUUGGCACAUCAGAUCAUCGACCAGUGGCAUUAUCUGCAUCGAUACCACUUAAGAGUAGUGCUGUGGCCGCGUCGCCAUACGGGCUCGAUCCUCAGUGGCAGACCAAGAGAGCUGCAGCCCGGCGGAAGGAAUUAGCGGUUGGCACGAUAACGUACCUGACAUGGACCAAGGAGGGGGCCACGCUACUCUUGGCUUCUGUCGUUGGGGUCCUAGGCUUCGGCUUCAUAUUGCGAUCGAUACUGGUCUAG